GCAGUAGCAGCAGUAGUAGUAGCAGCAGUAGCAGCAGCAGUAGUAGUAGUAGUUGCAGCAGUUUCCCUGCCCAUGCCACACUUUAUAUUUUACUCUUGAAACAACGACACUAACACCAGCAGAGCUGUUCACAUUGUGUUUAAUAUCUCGGCUGUUUGUAUCAGCUGCAGUUCCUGACUCUUCCUGUUUGUGCUCCGUCAGACCUUUCAGAAACCAUCCUGCACUCGAUGCAGCGAAGCCGCCGCCUCCUCUUCGUCCUCAGCCCCGACUACCUGGCAGAGAAGAGCUUCAGUCUCCUGGAGUGUCGUCUGGGUCUGUACCUCCAACAUGACCACCAGGCCUCCAUCGUUGCUGUUGUUUUGCGCUCGAUCAGUAAACUGCCCUGUGUGGAGGUGGCUCAGCUCCGGCAGGCCGCCACCACCACCGUGACGUGGCGAGGGAGUCGAUCUGAACCGCGGCGGUCCCGCUUCUGGCUGAGGCUGAGGCUGGCGCUGCCCGUCCGGCCGCUCUCUAUGGGCAGGAGGUUGAUUGACAGCACGUCGUCUCACUCGGACCUCGCUGCGCUGGCGCUGCACAGAGCGCAACGGGUCCAGAACCAGAACCAGAAAGAAAGAGACAAUCAGAACCGCGGACACAGGCGAGCCCCACCCAGAGGGAGGGGCAGAGUGAAGAGGGGGGACACAUGCAGGGAGGGGUGGUCACACACUACCAGCUGCUCAGGGUGCACUUGGGUUAUGGGUCAGGUGCAGGACAGGGGGGCGGGGCUUACAGUGGACACGGAGAUGCAGCAGGUGUCACAUGACAGGACUGAGAUUCGGUCAGACCCUGUCCCUGAGACCGAGCCCGCCCCGAUGCCAGCCUCCACCCAUGACCCUCACUCAACUCCUAACCCCACCCCAGCACCUAACCCGGCCCCUGACUCCACCCUCCCCACCUGCCAGCAGGUGAUUGGCUCCAGGACUCCUGAGUCAGUUGUAAAAAGGGAGGGGCUUGUUGUUAAAACGGCACUAAUCAGCUAGAAUACAGAGGACUAACACCAACUGAGCCUUUGACUGUUUCUACUCAGACUUUGAGUGACACUGCAUUUAGUAAUAUGGAGACGAAACAGACGAAACAAUGUCGUGACAAUCGAUGGUUUUAUCCCGUGUGUCAUCACACGCGUUUCCAUUAAAUCCAAGCUAAUUUUAAACGAACGUUUGAAAUGUCACAAAAACUAAAGGUGAAGGAUGGCGAGCGCUGAUCGGUCACGUCUCUCCGCCGAGUCGCAGCCAGAAAAUAUGACAAUAUUUGUCCAAUCUGACGCAGCGACCAUCAGAAAUAUGGUGUGUAGUCCGACCCGGCGUAACGCUCACCUGUUCACAUUUCUCCUGUUAAUUAUAAAUAAAAAGAUAAAGUGUCAUGUUUGAUUAUUUCAAAUGGAUCCAGGAUAAAGUGGUGCUG